AUGGCGAAGAAGAAGAAGGAGGACGAGGAGGUCCAGGACUUCGCCACCAUGUUCUCGUGGCUGCUCGGCAUGUCCCUGCUGGGCGGCGCCGGCGCCACCGUGCUGGGUCUGUCGCUGGUGCCCGCGUUGGGCCGGCACGGCCGCCUGCCCCCGGCGCUGCAGGCGUUGGCCAGGAACCCGCGCUCCCUCUGGCUCGCGGCGGGGGCUGCGCUGGCUCCCGCGCUCGGCUCCGUGGCGGGGCUGCUGCUGACCUACCUGGGAGUGCCCCUGCUGCAGCCGAGGGGCUGGGUCCCGCCCGAGAAGCGGUCGCGGUCGUGCGCCAAGGUGCGCUUCUCCGCCAAGGUGGCGGGCGGCUCCACCCACGACUAUAAUGUCGAUGGCAAGACCGACUACAAGUUUCCCUCCGGGCUGCACUACACCAUCCCCGCCAGCGAGGAGAUGCUGCAGGUGUCCUGCGGCGCCGCACGCCCUCCGGUGCGCUUUGCGCGCAUGGGCGACGACACGGUGCUGCACGACGGCGCCUACGACCGUGUUCGCCUGACGAGGACGCAGGACGCGGAGCUCAGGGUGAUCUCCGACGUGGCGCUCAAGAAGGACCUGCGCGCGCGGUUCCCGACCCUCGUCCCUCAGCUCGAGCGCUUUGAGCGCGUCUGCACCGAGCUGCUGCAGGCAUUCCCCAUCUGGGCGGCGCUGCACGCCUUCCCCUGGUCGGUGAAGAGGACGCUGCUGUCGGUCCUGCUGCCCUCGGCGUGGUGGCGCUACGCGGGGCGCACCGCCGAGGACGUCUUUGGCGAGCUCUUCGCGGACGCCCCGGAGUCGGAGAGGGAGAACGUGAUCAAGAUGCAGGCGUACUUGUGCGGCCUGUUCUUGGAUUCCGGCUGCGCCCCAGACACCGUGAGUUUCUUCAUGAUCGCGGCGGUGGGCCUCGGUUUCCCGCACGAGGGCGGCGCUUACCCAGAGCACGGCACCGGCGAGAUGGCCGCAGCGCUGGUGCAGGCGAUCGAGGACAACGGCGGCAGCGUCUUCGUGCGCGCCCCCGUGGCCCGCGUCCUGGUGGACGAGAGAAGCGGCAGGGCAGUCGGUGUGGAGACGACGAAGGAUGCAGGUGCUGCCACGCUGAUGGCGAAAUGCUGCGUCGUCUCCGCAUGUGGGUGGCGGAAUACCGCGCGCCUUUGCAAAGGGACGGCGUUCCCAAGCCCGGACGAGCUCAAGCUAGGCCAGGGCGACGGAUUCAUCAUGGCCAACAUCGGAAUCAAGGGCUGCGCUGCCGAUCUGAAGUUGGAGUGCACGAACAUGGAGCUGCUGCCAGCAGGGCAGGGCUUAUCGAUCUUCGAGGGCGUGCGAAGGUACAUGAACGACCCGCUCGGUGUUCCCGCAAAGGAGAUUCCAAUGAUGAUCACCUUCCCCAGCGUGAAGGAUCGCACCCACAAGUCGAGGCCCCAGAAGGAGGAGGGCAGGGAGACCGCGCAGCUCCUCUGCCUGGCCAGGAAGGAGUGGUUCGGCCCGCUGGAGGAGCCCGAGGUGGGCACCGUGGCCACGCCUGCCUGGCGGGAGCCCGCCCGCACCCCGGAGUACAGGGAGCUGAAGAGGAGGUGGAUCGAGCGCCUGCGGUCGGCGCUGCUGUCCAUCUACCCACAGCUCGAGGGCCGGAUCGAGCUCUUCGACUUGUCCACCCCGCAGACCAUCGAGCACUACUUGCCCACUGGCAGCGGGUCCGCCAUCGGCCUGGACACCGCCGGAGGACCGGGCUGCCGCUUCACGGACUACAGCGUCAUGCGGCUGCUGGACAUGCGGACGCCGGUGCCGGGGCUGUGGAUCACGGGCCAGGACACGCUCAUGUGCGGCGUGCCCAUCGCCCAGGCGUCCGGGCUGCUGACGGCCAUCCGCAUCGUCGGGCCCCUGCGGGCGUCGUGGUUCAUGGCGAGGUCGGCGUGGCUGCUGGCCGCAAGCCUGGGGCACAAGGCCCGCAGUGCCAAGGCC